CAAAAAGUGUGAUGUCGUUGGGUGCCGGGAAGUCCUCUUUUGCCUAUCCUAUAUUUAUUUGCUCCACCGUUCAAUGAGAUUUUCUCUCACAGUCUCAUAGUCGUCAAAGCUCAAAAUCCCUUGAAAUUGCAAAGAAAUGGCCUCUCAAUUGCUUUUGCCUCCAAACCCAUUCACCAAAUCAGUCUCAGCUAAAGUUUUCUUUACAGGUGAUGACUUAACUCUGAAAAGAAAGUCAAAUAAAGGAACAAGAAAUUCAAAUGGAUUUAGCUUAAGAGCAAAAGCAGCUUUGAGAUCUAGUAAUCACAAAUCAUCUGUUGAAAUUCCAAACCAAUGGUACAAUCUUAUUGCUGAUCUUUCCGUUAAACCUCCUCCACCGUUGCAUCCCAAGACUUUCGAACCGAUCAAACCGGAAGAUUUAUCUCAUCUUUUACCUAAUGAGUUGAUUAAAGAAGAAGCAACAUUAGAGAGGUUUAUCGAUAUCCCUGAGGAAGUUCUUGAGAUUUAUAAGCUUUGGCGUCCAACUCCUCUUAUCAGGGCAAAGAGAUUGGAGAAGCUUCUUCAGACACCUGCAAGGAUUUACUUCAAGUAUGAAGGUGGUAGCCCAGCUGGUUCACACAAACCAAACACAGCGGUUCCACAAGCUUAUUACAACGCGAAAGAAGGCGUCAAGAACGUUGUGACAGAAACUGGCGCUGGCCAAUGGGGCAGUUCUUUAGCCUUUGCUUCUAGUCUCUUUGGCCUUAACUGCGAAGUAUGGCAAGUGGCAAAUUCGUACCAUCAGAAGCCAUAUCGUAGGUUAAUGAUGCAAACAUGGGGAGCAAAAGUUCAUCCAUCGCCAUCGGAUCUUACUGAGGCAGGUAGAAGAAUCCUCCAGUCAGAUCCAUCGAGUCCUGGAAGUUUAGGCAUUGCGAUUUCAGAAGCUGUUGAAGUUGCUGCAAGAAACGAGGAUACAAAAUACUGUUUAGGGAGUGUGUUGAACCAUGUGUUAUUGCACCAGACGGUUAUUGGAGAAGAAUGCAUAAAGCAAAUGGAAGAUUUCGGGGAAACGCCUGAUGUGAUCAUAGGUUGUACUGGUGGGGGAUCGAACUUUGCUGGUUUGAGUUUUCCUUUUAUCCGUGAGAAACUCAAAGGCAAAAUGAGUCCUGUUAUAAGAGCCGUUGAGCCAUCGGCUUGUCCUUCCUUCACCAAAGGCGUUUACGCUUAUGAUUUCGGGGAUACAGCUGGAUUGACUCCUUUGAUGAAGAUGCAUACUUUAGGGCAUGACUUCAUUCCUGACCCUAUCCAUGCUGGUGCUAUUAAGUUUGCAAGAACGGAGGGGAUAAUACCGGCGCCGGAACCAACUCACGCCAUUGCUGCAACCAUAAGAGAAGCUCUCCGGUGCAAAGAAACAGGAGAAGCCAAAGUGAUACUAAUGGCGAUGUGUGGACAUGGCCACUUCGACCUAACCUCUUACGACAAGUAUUUCAAAGGAGAGUUGGUAGAUUUAUCAUUCAGUGAAGAGAAGAUACGAGAGUCUUUGUCCAAGGUUCCUCAUGUUGUUUAGCUCCAAAGUCCCAAUCUUCCAAACCUGACGUGUGAAGGAUGUUAGGGUUUUCUUAUGGCUUUUGAAAUAGAGAGUACGUGUGAGGGAGAAGACAACUUAAAUAAGUGAUACAAUGUCUCAUAUAAAACAAAACAUUUUCAAAAAUACCUCACAAUUGUUACAAUGCUCAAAUCUUCACCAAUUACCACACACAUGAAUAAACAUUUGUCA